AUGGCACCACUCAACAUUCUCAUCGUCGGCUGUGGAAUAGCUGGUUCAACUUUGGCCAGCUUCCUACUCCUCUCAGAAGGCAUGCCAGCACAUGAGACACCAAAAAUUACUAUACUGGAACGCGCUCCUGGCAUGCGAUCCCAAGGUCAGAACAUCGAUGUCAGAGGUGCUGGCAUUACUAUCAUCCGCAAGCUUGGCCUCGAAGGUGCAGUUCGCGCCUCAACUACUGGUGAGGUUGGCGUCCAAUGGGUCGAUGAUAAGGGCGCGAUCUGGGCAUCGAUCGGAGCUGAUCGCACCGGCAAGCUAUCGACACCAACAGCAGAUAUUGAGAUCCUGAGAGGAAGGCUGGCCGAGUUAUGCUGGCUCAGGAGCAAAGACAUAAGCGAAUCAGUCCAAGCUCAAGGUGGGAAAGGUAUUGACUUCAUCUUCGGCGACUGCCUAGACCAUAUCCAGCAAGACAAUGAUCAAGUGCAUGUACGAUUCGCGAAGUCACGACGAGAGAUGCGUUACGACCUGGUCGUUGGAGCGGACGGUCUUCAGAGUCAGGUACGACGACUGGUGUGGGGUGCUUCUGGUGAAGAGGACCGCGUCAAGAAACUCGGUGCUUAUGGCGCUUUCUUUAGUAUCCCUCGAAUCGCCUCUGACACAGUUCAUCGACAAUGGUUUCAUGCUUCCGGACGAAGGAACAUCAUGCUCAGACCGGACCAACAGAAUAAGAGGACCACAGCUUUCAUGUUCGUUGUCAAUGAAGAAGACACGAGACUGCAAGAAGUUGCCAAGAAGGGCCGGGAAGGUCUCGAAUCACAGAAGGACAUCAUGCAAGAGUACUUCAGCGACGCUGGCUGGCAGUCAGACAGGGUUUUGUCAGAGAUGAGAAAGACUCCUGACUUCUACUACGACAUGAUCGCACAAGUCAAAUUGGACCACUACAACAAAGGUCGGGUCGUCUUAUUGGGCGAUGCUGGCUAUUGUGCAAGCCCGUUCAGUGGUAUGGGUACGACUCUCGCGAUGGAUGGUGCCUACAAUCUUGCCGGCGCUCUAUCACGCCAUCCAGAUCGCCCAGACCAGGCCUUUGAGGAAUACGAGACCGAGAUGCGUCCAGUCGUCACGCGAGCGCAGAAGCUCUUCCCCGGCAUGCCUCGAAUAUUCGCGCCGGAGACCGCUUGGGGCGUGUGGGUGUUGAAUCUUAUUGUGUACCUGAUUCAGCUGUCUGGACUUCCGAAAAUUCUCUUUAAGUAUCUCGGCCCACCAGCGAAUACCGUGCCUGUGAAGGAUUACGGGUUCAAGACUCUCCCGGAGUGGUCACCGGAGCAAUCGGAAAAGUCGACAAAGUCUUGA